AAAAAGAAAGCAAUUCAUGUACCUGAGACGUUAGUCAAUAUAACUUUUUAUAAAUUAUAUUAUAUUCACUGCACCAUACCGACAACUGACAGCAGUGAUACGAAUGUCAGGAUCCUGCAAAGUUGCAUAACACUGAAUCCAGUGUCCCUUGCAAGCAGCAAUCUAUUGUCAAGGGUGAGAAAUGCAUACAAAGGUGAGUAGCAACCAUGCCCAACAGGUUUUGUCCUUUCUGAAUGAGCAGAGGAGUCUCAGCUCGUUCUGUGAUGCCAAACUGACUGUAGGAGGUGGUGGGAGGGUGUACAAUGCCCAUCGCAAUAUCCUGGCCUGUUUCAGUGGGCGGUUUCAGGAGUCCGAGCCAACCACCACCAUGGUUAAGGAGGUCUCCCUCCCAGAGGAGUUCCCCACUGACGGCCUGGAACUGCUUCUAGACUUUUUCUAUACCGGGGAGUUAAACCUUGACUCUCUGAAUCUGGAGAAUGUGCGACAGGCUGCAGACAGCCUAUGUGUACCAGAUGUGCUCGCACUUUGUCAGCAGUUUGCCACAGAAGGGACAGUUUCUCCAGAAGGACUGCAGUCUGCAUGUCUUCUGAGCCAUCAUUUUCAGCCAAUCUCAGCUGUAACUUAUGUAGGAACCAAGGCCACCCUAAAAAGAGGGAGGCCCCCUAAAAAAAGGGGGAGGCCCAAAAAAUCCCAAACCCCUAGUAGCGGCACAAGUAAGAAGGAUUGUCUGGAAGCUACCGCCACCACAACUGCCAUCACAACUCGCUCUGGGAGUAGGGUGAAGGCCUCCAGAAGACCGUUUGGAGAGGGCCCCGGUGUGCGUCUCCUGCCCCAUGUGGGGACCACUAGCAGGGGGACUCCACCACUAGUUAUUAGCCUAAAGGAUAGGAGUGAUGGGGCUGAGGAGGAGGGACAACGCCUCCCUCAGCCUACAGAUACAACAGAGGUAACAGAUGUGUUCGGCAACCUUGUAUCAGAUUUGAGCUACAAAGCUAAUUCUCAUCUGCAGCCUCUUGAUGAAGAAGACUAUGAUGAUGAUGAUGGUGGUGGUGAUUUGGUGGAGGGGGUAGCUGAGGAUACUGAUGAAGAGUAUGUGCCCCAUGCCCUGCUGCCUACCUCCUCCAGUCCCAAAGGCAGACGUAAAGGACCAACCAAAGCUGUCAAUAAAGAGAACGGUGAACGGGCAGCCAAGGGGUCUACAAAGGGCUCUGUUCAGUGCCCCACCUGCAAUAAGACCUUCCUCAGCAAGUAUUACCUCAAAGUACACAACAGGUGUCAUACAGGUGAUAAGCCCUUUCCAUGCUCUAAGUGUGGAAGGAGGUACUACAGGAAGGAGAAUCUGAUGGACCACCAGGCCAGAAACUGCAACUGUUGUGAAAGAAUAAAAGUGGUACACAACUGCCUUCAAUGCCACAUGUCAUUUGACAGAUUGGGGGAUCUACGUCUGCACACAGUCUCCCAUACAGGGGAAAUGCCCAAUAAGUGUACAUCAUGCUCGGAACAGUUCAUGCAUAAAAAAGAUUUAAGAAGUCACGAAAUCAAAAUCCACGGUGCACCCAAACCACAUGCAUGCUCUCUGUGCAGCAAAGCAUACCUGUCUAAAACAGAGCUGCGUCUGCAUGAGGCGUCCAAGCAUCGCGGCGAGAAGCUCUUUGUGUGUGAGGAGUGUGACCAUCGAGCCUCCAGCCGACACGGCCUGCAGAUGCAUAUCAAAGCCAUUCACAGAAACGAGCGUCCAUUUGUGUGUGAGUACUGCAACCGUGCGUUCACCCAGAAGGCUAACCUUAACAUGCACUUGCGGGUUCACACUGGAGAGAAGCCCCAUCAGUGCCACCUCUGUGGGAAGACCUUCCGGACACAAGCCAGUCUUGACAAGCACCACCGAACCCACACAGGAGAGCGACCUUACAGCUGUGAGUUCUGUAACCAGCGCUUCACAGAGAAGGGACCAAUGCUCCGCCAUGUUGCCAGCAAGCACCAGGAGGACCGCCCUCACUGUUGCAAGAUAUGUGGCAAGACCUUCAAGGCCGUCGAGCAGCUCCAUGUCCAUGUGCGUCGCCAUCAGGGCAUGAGGAAUUUUGAGUGCGAAAAGUGUGGCUACAAGUUUACCAGACAGGCUCAUUUACGGCGUCAUGUUCAGGUCCACACCCGUACAGAGAACUACAAUCCACGGGAGAGAAAGCUACGGAACCUGAUAGUAAAGGACGUGGGGUUGCAGGAUGAGACUAGCCCCUCACAGAUACCACCCACUGAGAAGGAGACACCCGAGGGGCCAGCGCCUGUCUCUGGACCUAUACCUGGACCUGGAACUGUACUAGGAGCCAGUGACAUCCUCAGGGUGGUGAUCCAGCCCCUUACGGAGGAGGUGGUGUCCAGCCAAGGGCAGAUGGAUGUGGGCUUUAACCAGGACCAAGUGGGCUUUACCCAGGUUGGGGUGGCACAGGGACAUGGCCAGGUGGAUGUGAUGUCCAUCAGCCAGGGUUUGGGUGUGGCGGGACAUAGCUUCAAUGUGACAGAUGUGAUGGAGCAGACUCUACUGGUCGCAGAUUACCCCAUCCCUGAGACCACUGGAGCUGGAGGACAUACAGGAGGAUCCUCCUGCUAAGAGCAAGGCCUGAGGACUAAGAGCAAGGCCUGAGGACUAAGAGCAAGGCCUGAGGACUAAGAGCAAGGCCUGAGGACUAAGAGCGAGGCCUGAGGACUAAGAGCGAGGCCUGAGGACUAAGAGCGAGGCCUG